GUGGCACUCGCUCUAGAUCAUUUCUCGCGCAGCAUUGCAAGUGCAAGCAAUUGUCGGUUGAAUCAGAAAAAAUAUAUUUACAUAUGUAUAUAGUGCGGUGACAGUGAACUGAAAUCUUUGAUUGCAUCGAAAAGCUGCAGCACAUUAAUUGAACAAUCAAUUUCAAGAGCAACACAAUAAAAAAUAAAUAAAAAUAAAAAUUAGACUUAGAAAUGUCGGAAAAGAAUAUUGAAAGUGUGAAUGCUGAGAAGCAAAAAGUUACAGAGCUGCAAAAAGACAAUGAGGGUGAGGAUGGGAACUCGGAUAGUACGGCGGAGGCGGAGGCUACCGGGACCAGCCAGGAGGGUCCUGCCACUUUUGAUAAGGCCAUCGAGGGCGCAGGCUUCGGCAUUUUCAAUCUGAUCCUGCUCUUCGUAUCAAUUCCCGCCCAGAGUGCCGCCAUUUUCGAGUCCAGCUCCAUGUCCUACAUCCUGCCCGUGGCCGAGUGUGAUCUCCGCCUGACUCUGGAGGAUAAGGGUGUGCUGAAUGCCGUGGCCUAUGCCGGCAUGACAAUAUCUGCCAUAGCCUGGGGCUACCUGGCAGAUACGAAGGGUCGCAAGAAGAUUCUCUACUGGGGCUACCUGAUCGAUGCUGUCUGCGUGUUCGGCAGCGCUCUCAGCCAGAACUUCACCAUGUUGGUGGUGUUUAAGUUCUUGGGAGGAUUGGUGGUAAAUGGUCCAGCAGCUGUGCUUUUUACUUAUUUGACCGAAAUGCAUGGACCGAAGCACCGGUCCUCCGUCCUUAUGAUCGUUGGCAUGGUCACCUCAACGGCUACGGUUUCACUGCCACUUUUGGCCUGGGGCAUCUUUCCCAGAGACUGGGACUUUCAGUUUUGGGGUUUGAAUAUUCACAGCUGGCAAAUUUACCUAUUUGUUUUGGGCAUUCCAAGUUUAAUCAGUGGCCUGAUAUUUUGUGUCAUGCCGGAGAGUCCUCGCUUUUUAAUGGCCCAAGGACGAAACGAGGAGGCACUGGAAGCCUUUAAGCAGAUCUAUCAUGUGAACAGUCGAAAGCCCAAGGACUCGUAUCCAAUCAAAGCCCUGGUGCAAGAGGUUCCUAAUCGAAAGGCCGCCAAAGACGAGGCCAUCUACACCAUCGAGGAGAAAAAAACCGGGAAUUUGCCAGAUAAAAAACCUACACGCACUCUCUCCGAGAGCCUCCGAGCCGGCCUGGAGCAAAUGAAGCCACUGGCAAGGAAGCCCCUGCUGGGACUAGCACUCUGUUGCUAUACAAUGCAGUUCGGCAUCUUCCUGGGCAUGAACACCAUCCGACUGUGGCUGCCCCAGCUCUUUGCCUCAAUGGCUGAGUUCGAGGCACUGCACGCGGGCGAGGGCGUGGAUGCCAGCAUGUGCACAAUCCUUGAGUUUAGUGUCAAUCGGACGGCGGAGACUGCCUUGAAUUACGCCGAUGCCUGUUCAGAGCCCAAGGUGAUCUCUAUGGACAUGUAUAUUAACAAUAUUAUAGUAUCGGCCACUGGCUUUGUGGGCUACUUCUUUGCUGGUGGAAUUAUCCGUGCCCUCGGACCCAAGCGAAUGAUGACUUAUGGACUGUUUCUAUCAGGGACCUUUGGCCUUAUCCUAUACUUCUCCGUCAGCAGUCUGAUGACCCUAAUUGUGGCUGCCACCUUCCUCACCAUUACGGGUAUCGCCGUCUCCUCGCUCUUGGGGGCUGUGGUGGCCCUUUUUCCCACACAACUGAGAACGGUUGUGGUUGCCAUUGCCAUGAUGUGUGGACGCUUUGGCGCCUUGUCUGGAAACUUGCUCUUCCCCGUAUUCGUUCAAAUAGGAUGUUUGCCGCCGUUUAUAAUGGUCUCUUCGGUGCUUUUAUUAUCCGGCACCCUUUCCAUAUUUGUGCCCAAUCCAGCCAAGGCCACCUUUUCCUAAGCAGAUUGACAAUGUUCUUCCAAAUAUUUAUUUAUAAGUGAAUUUUAAAUGCCUUUCUAGUUAAAACCAGAUCUUUGCUACAUUAGCUAGCCUAGCUUUUGUUUAGUUGUACAAAUUAGAGAUAAAAGAUAGGCGCUCAACAACUAUUUAUAUAAACAUUAAGUAAUCGAACCAAAUAUACUUAUGAAUAUUUA